CUCUUGAGAGGGCUGUGCCGGACACACAGACAGCCCAGAGAAGGAAGGUGGAGCUGUGUUCUCGCACAAGACCGAGUAGAUAUGAAACACCCCCUGCUUCUGCUUCUUGUCCUGCUGGGCACAGUGUCGGCCUUUCAUCUGGAGAACGAUGCCCCCUAUCAGAAGAUCCUAGAGACAGAGGCAGACCUGGACCAGGAUCUGGAUGGUUCAGGAGAUCAGGAGGGGGAGUUGGCCUUGACUGAGGAGGUGAUUAAGUCUGAGAGGGAAGAGGUUGAGACUUCUGACUGUCAAGACUCCUUUGAGGAUGAGGAGGCCAUGGAGUCGGACCCAGCUGCCUUAGACAAGGACGUGGAGUGCCCCAGAGAAGAGGACACGGUUCAAGUGCAGGGAAGUCCUGGGUGCAAGACCUGCCGCUACCUGUUGGUGCGGACCCCCAAGACAUUUAGGGGAGCUCAGAAUGUCUGCCGGAGAUGCUACAAAGGCAACCUCGUCUCCAUCCACAGCCACAGCCUCAACAGCCACAUUCUGCGUUUCACUAGCUCUCUCAAUCAGGCCCAGAUCUGGAUUGGAGGCUUCAUCAGGGGCUGGUGGCUGUGUAAGCGGUUUCACUGGACUGAUGGCAGCUGCUGGAAUUUUGCAUUCUGGGCCUCAGGGCAGCCCAGGAGAGGGAGAGGCCGCUGCGUAGCCCUAUGCACCAGAGGGGGUCAGUGGCGACGAGCGCCAUGCUGCAGGCGCCUGCCCUUCGUCUGCUCGGCCUGA